CAUGACCUAACGGAAGUAGGGCACAGCUGAUUGAUUAAAAAAAUAAGGUGAAGGCCUGUGCGACACGAAGAUGGCAGCCUCCGCAAUUCGAAAGUUUUCUUUGACUUUGUUUACUUCAAAAGUACCAUUUUCUUCUAAAGUAAUUGCAUCAUUUCAGUGUCAAAAAAGAGCAUUUAGCUUUUCAAAAUGCUUAGCAGAUCGUCUUUACACUGACAAGCAUGAAUGGAUAGUAAUUGUAAAUGGAAAAGGCACUGUUGGAAUUUCAAACUAUGCACAGGAACAACUAGGUGAAAUAGUCUAUGUUGAAACUCCAGCUUUAGGAACCACAUUAAAUCCUCAAGAUGUGUCUGGGUGUUUGGAAAGUGUCAAGGCAGCCAGUGAGGUGUACAGCCCAGUUGGUGGCACAGUGACUGAAGUCAAUUCUAAACUUGCCUCUGAGCCAGCUUUGGUCAACUCAUCACCUCUUUUGGAAGGCUGGCUAUAUAAACUAGAUGUGGCACCAGGAACUAACACAAAAGAACUGAUGAACGAGGAGGCUUACAAGGCAUUCUUGGAAACAAUUGUCCACUAGAAGUCACUUCCACUGAAUUUUGUUGUAACAAUAUUACUAAUGUUCUACAGGGUUUUGAUCUUUUCAAAGGAAUUGGCGGGAAACAUCAUUUUGAAGGAUUACAUGAAAUACUUGUACGAUUCAAAGUAGAAUCUUGUACAAAUACUCCACAAUGUUUUGUUUUUGCAGUAUUAUUGUAUAUAUCUAGGUUUAACAUGUCAAGUCUCUUAUUUGUCUGUCAAUUGGUUAUUUUUUAUUGGCAAAUGGCAUUUAGCAGGGAUGUAAAAACGUAUGUUCCAUUAGUGCAUUAUUAGAGAAUGCUUGUCUUGGUUGUGAGAAGUUUAAUGAAUAGCAGUAGGUUGGUUGCAUUUUUUUUGUGAAUUGAGAUAGUGAACUAGUAAGGUAUAACUGCUGAAUUGAUUUUAUGUGCCCAGAGAUUUCAUGCUGAUGUAUUGAUAUUGAUAAUACUUGUUACAGUAUAAUUUCAUCAUUAUUCAGUUUAGCCAAUCAGAUAGAAUCGUGUGAAAAUGUAUUUGAAUUGGCCAAAAAUAAUUUCUUCUAUCCCAAGUUUAAUAAAUAUUGAUUCAUAAUCAGAUUUUGUUAUGCUAUAUAGGCUUUUUUUUAUUUUGGUUGUAUGAAAAAUCUAACCAUUUCUUCAUAUAAAGCUUUCUUUAAUGUGCGUAAAACUAUCAGUACUUAGAUUUUGCAUAGAUAGUUACAUUACUGUAAAAUUUAUUAUUGGGUCAUAUUUUUAGACCAGCAUUUAUUAUGAUGACAGAAUAUUUAGUUUAGUUUUAUUGUUUAGUAAACAAAACAUAGAAUUUAUUUUUUUUUAGUAAGAAAAAAAUAUUACCUUUUUAAAACAGAAGAGAGUCAACUUUGUUUACAUUUUAGUUUCAAUUCUUUUUAAAAUUUCAUUAAGUUAUGUACAGAAAUUUAUAGACAUAAAUAACAUUUAGUAACAAUGCCAAGAUUGUUUUUAAACUAUAUCAGUGUUACGGUAACAUAACAGCAUCUCAGAAACUGUUGAUAUUGAUAACUUUGUGAAUUAUUUUCAUAUAUAAUUUGUAUUAUUUAAAAUUUCUCCUGAUCCAAACAAAUCAUAUUGUACAUCAGGAUAUUUAUUUAUUAAAGAAGUUGCUUCCAAAGUAAAAAUCAUAUUACUAAUAACCAACUAAUUUUUUUAACUUGGCCAAGGGCAAAUUUGAGCUAAUGAAUUAGAAUACCAAUUAUCAGAGCUGUUAUUUACACUAUUGUUUAAACUGAAUAAAACUUGUUGAUGGGA